CAUCAGCAUCCACGAGAAAAAUAUUCUGGUCUAGCGUUGGUUAUAAAACAAUGGCUGCUGCUUUAGCAGCCCCUUUUGCUUUGAACGGAGCCGUGAAAAUGGCGAACUCAACCACCUCCCAAGCUUACCUCGACGGCUCCAGAGUUAAAGAAUCCAAGACCCUGAUUGCCGACCUCUGCCGCCAAUUCUACACUCUGGGUUGGGUUUCCGGCACUGGUGGCAGCAUCACUACCAAAGUCCACGAUGAUUCCAUUCCCAAACCUGAACAGCUCAUUGUCAUGUCCCCUUCAGGUGUGCAGAAAGAAAGAAUGGUGGAGGAUGAUAUGUAUGUGUUAUCUCCAAGUGGGUCUAUUUUGUCUGCCCCAUUGCCGAAGCCUUACCCACAUAAAGCUCCUAAGUGCACUGAUUGUGCUCCUCUGUUCUUGAAGGCAUAUCAUAUGCGGAAUGCUGGCGCUGUGAUCCAUAGUCAUGGAAUAGAAUCCUGUCUUGUGACAAUGAUCAACCCAUUCUCAAAAGAAUUUCGGAUCACUCAUAUGGAAAUGAUCAAGGGAAUUCAAGGACAUGGUUACUAUGAUGAACUUGUUGUGCCAAUCAUUGAAAACACAGCUCAGGAGAGUGAGCUCACGGAAUCUCUUGCCGAAGCAAUAAAAGCUUAUCCCAAAACAACGGCUGUUCUUGUACGGAACCAUGGCAUAUACGUCUGGGGUGAUAAUUGGAUCAGCGCCAAAACACAGGCUGAGUGCUAUCAUUAUCUCUUUGAUGCUGCCAUUAAACUUCACCAGUUAGGAAUGGAUUGGUCAACUCCAACACAUGGUCCCAUCCAGAGUGCUAAUGGUGUUUUGGGUAAUGUUCGGGAUGCUUAUAGACCCACAAAGGCAACAAAGAUUGCUUCAGAGAAUGGUACUGAACCAUUAAAACGCUGCAUUGUUCUGGACAUCGAGGGUACCACUACUCCGAUUUCGUUUGUGACAGAUGUUCUCUUUCCUUAUGCAAGGGAGAGCGUAGGGAAGCAUUUAGCUGCAACAUAUGAAACGGCAGAAACACAGGAUGAUAUCAAGUUAUUGCGUGCUCAAGUACAAGAAGAUUUAGCAAAUGGCGUUGCUGGUGCAUUGCCAAUUCCUCCCGAGGAAGCAGGGAAGCAGGACGUGAUUGCAGCUGUUGUUACGAAUGUGGAGGCAAUGAUUAAAGCUGACAGAAAGAUUACUGCUUUGAAAGAAUUGCAAGGUCACAUAUGGCGCACCGGAUUCCAGAAUAAUGAGUUACAAUCUGUUGUUUUUGAGGAUGUGCCUGAAGCACUGGAGAGGUGGCAUGCCUUGGGCAUCAAGGUUACUUUCCCAUGCCUUAUUGUCUGUAAUGUUAAACCAGUAGAAAUGUUCCAAGUGGAUUGCCAAAAGUAUUUAGAGAUUUUCGUUUAAGUUCUCCCGUCAUCAAGUAUCUUCCACUAGCCAUAUUGGCACUAGCUGUUAUAUAUAUGAACACCAGUAGUCCUAGCCAUAAAUGAUGGAUACAUUCAAUUUUGUUCAUAGAUAUGGUCUUUUCUAAUUUUCUUCCUGGAAGAAUAUGAAAACAGAUAUAUUUCGUUUUAAGACCGAUUACAACUUGAUUUUCCACGUUGGCGGCAGCAAGACUUGUGACCAACCCAAUCUGUUUCAUGUGUCAGGUAUACAUCUAUUCAAGUGGCAGCAGACUAGCACAGAGACUUUUGUUUGGCAACACAAAUUAUGGAGACCUGAGGAAAUUUUUAUCUGGUUUCUUUGAUACCACCGUGGGGUAAAAACUUAUUCCUGUUGGAAACUUAUUUCACUUGGCUGCUGUUUGUCUUAUCUUCAGAUUUUGUUUGUUUAACAAUCGCUGAUUCAGGAACAAGAAAGAAAGCAAAAGUUAUGUAGAGAUUACAGAAUCACUCGGAGUAGAUAACCCUUCGGAAAUUUUGUUCGUUACUGAUGUCUAUCAAGAAGCAACUGCAGCCAAAGCAGCAGGUAAUCCACUUUGAGGUUUCUAAUUUAAGGUAAAUCAACAUUAAUGUUUUGGUCAUGAAUAUCAUUGGUGCACCACAAACUGAUGGUCCAGCAGCCACACUGUAUAAUUUUGAACAAGCAUUAAAACCUAGACUAGUAAAACAUGCGCAUGUCUGCCCAGUGACCUAGGAAAACAGAUAUUUGUGUUCAUUAAUCAAAUGAUUGAGUCUUUUGCGUGCACAUUUCAGGUUUGGAAGUGGCAAUAUCUAUUCGGCCAGGAAAUGGACCUCUUCCGGAGAAUCAUGGGUUCAGAACAAUCACGUCUUUUUCAGAAAUCUGAUAUAUGUGGAAUACUUUAUACUCUUGUAAUAAAGGCCACAUUUUUGCCUGGAGCCUUGUAAGGAUUUUCUCUGGACAUUUGUGCCUUCAUGGCAUUGUCUGCAACUUAUUGUAUGUGAAAUAUGAUAGUGUUAGCUUCAUUUCAUUCAAAUAAAAGAAAGUUAGAUGGAAGAUUUCAUAUUCAUGGAUCAAUAUCUAAUUAUCUGCCGAUUGUGAAAAUGACACUUGCGAAUUCAUGUUCUAGAUCCUCUGGUCUAUAUUCGGGAUUCCCUCAAAAUUAAAAUUGUACAGAAUCUCAUGAGGACAAUUUGUAAGUCGACCCUUGUUAAAAUAUAAGUCCUAACAACAAGGACAGAACAUCAUCCAAACCUUUGGAGC